AUGGCGCUGCCUUACGAUGUCCAGACGUACCUGCUGGACAAAGAGAACAUCCGGGACACCGUCAUUCGCAUGAUGCUCGCCUUCGACGACCGAGCCACCUCGACGUUGAUCGACUCGGUGUACGCGCCCGAGAUCCUGGUCCACUACCCCCGCUUGCUGUUCGACUACCAGAAGAAGGUGUCCAGCGAGGAGUGGGCGAAGAUGCUUGAGCCCCUGCUCGACGAGUUCGACACCACGGAGCACAUUGUACAUAACCUCCUGAUCGAGCUCCCACAGCCGGGCAAACCGGGCACGCAGCGGCCCAACAGCUGCAAGGCGCGCGCCUAUGCCCAUGGGUUGUUCUACAAGUUUGAUGCUGAGGGGAGGCCGAGCGUGAUGGCCCGGCGGCAAGGGGGCGGGUAUGAGCUGGAACUGGUGAGAGUGAAGGAGAAAGAGGAGGCGGGGGAGAAUCCGUGGCGGAUAAGCGAGUUGAAGGCAUCGUUUCACUGGCAGGACAGGGGCAACUGA